UUUUAGUUUAACUUUUGUUGUUGUUGUUGUUGCAAUAGAUGCCGGUGUAGAGCAUUGUGUCUAAUACACUAACAAACCUACACUAUUCGUUUUAUUGUAUUGUGAUACGUUGGUUUGUCUUCUCGAUCCCCCAACGGGAAUGAACUAAACGCAGUACAUGUUAAAAUAAAUAAAUAAUAAUAAUAAUAAUCAAUAAGAAGCUGAUAAUUUUUAUAAUUAUUUUUUUAAAAAAAUAUUUUUUUUACAAAAAAAUAUUAAAAUAUACAAACUACGGAAAAGCUGCAAUGGAACUUAAAAAUUGUGUUGGUGUUUUGGCUAAAUAUUCAGUGAUUUCCCUUGUUGCCGGAUGUCUCCUACUCAGUGUGGCGGUGUGUCAGGAUUUUAGCACAUGUAAUUAUUUUAUGCACACGUGUUACCAAAUUACUUUGACUUUUUCAAAUUUAUGUGUAAAUUUAAAAAAAAAUAUGUAUUACCGGUACAUGGUUAUUUUUAAGUUCUUGUUUUUAAAAAAACAAUGAGUUAACUAGCCAAGUUCAUACUAUUUAAACUUCUUUCAACAAUUUGAAUUCCUUAUUUUGAAAUGUUUUUAUUUCUUUAAAAAGAAACCGAAAACAGACAUAUAACAACGCACGUUAAUCUCAAGUAAUUAAACCAUUACCCCCCCCCAACCACCACCCCCCCCCCCAUGACCAAAAUGACUAACAAAUUAUUUAAGUAUUUGACGAGGACUAUCUACCCCUCCCCCUUCCCCCAAUGUGAUGUCAUUUUAUGAAAUUUCAUUACAUCAACGGUUGCAAAAAAAAUAAAUAUUUAUUUGGACUUNUUUCUUUUUUUUUUUUUUUUUUUUUGGUUAUGGAAGGGGGGGGGGGUCAAGAGAUAAUCCUUCCAGUCUCAGUAUCCAAUAUUUUUGCGCCCAGUGAGUGGCACAUUCAAAGUAUGGGGAAAUUACCCUCGCUUGUUAUUUUUAGAAGAAAGUAGACCACACGAUAUCAAUGAGUUGAACAUUGUCAUUGAAAACUCUUGAACCUACUUUGGUGCACUCUCUGCCUUGUUUCUUUCACUUUGGUGCACUCCUUGCCGUGUUUCUUUCACUUUGGUGCACUCUCUGCCUUGUUUCUUUCACUUUGGUGCACUCUCUGCCUUGUUUCUUUCACUUUGGUGCACUCUCUGCCUUGUUUCUUUCACUUUGGUGCGCUCUCUGCCUUGUUUCUUUCACUUUGGUGCACUCUCUGCCUUGUUUCUUUCACUUUGGUGCGCUCUCUGCCUUGUUUCUUUCACUUUGGUGCACUCUCUGCCUUGUUUCUUUCACUUUGGUGCACUCUCUGCCUUGUUUCUUUCACUUUGGUGCACUCUCUGCCUUGUUUCUUUCACUUGGUGCACUCUCUGCCUUGUUUCUUUCACUUUGGUGCACUCUCUGCCUUGUUUCUUUCACUUUGCUGCAGUCUCUGCCUUGUUUCUUUCUUUUUUGUGCACUAUCACUUUGGUGCACUCUCUGCCUUGUUUCUUUCACUUUGGUGCACUCUCUGCCUUGUUUCUUUCACUUUGGUGCACUCUCUGCCUUGUUUCUUUCACUUUGGUGCACUCUCUGCCUUGUUUCUUUCACUUUGGUGCACUCUCUGCCUUGUUUCUUUCAGCCUCCGGUGGAUUGUGCAGCACCCGAGACCUUUACCUGUACGGUGCUUGCCGGCCACAGGCGUGCCUGGGAAACGAGACAGUCCUUCCCGGCAUUUCGUACUGUGACGUCCACACCCGGACUCUUGGCGUGAGAUACGUGCGAUGUGUCGUUAACUUGCGUGAGUACUAAAUGUUCGUUGUCGCUAAAAAAAAAAACAAAAAUAAAACAAGUUCAUUAACUCGCUAAAAUCUUUAUGACCUCGCGAAACAGAAACAAACAGUCUCAUAGAGAUACGACUGCUUAAUUCACAGAUACAGACUUUAAACGAAAGAACUAAAUAAAAUUGUCUAUAUACCAAAAUGUUGAAUGACUUUGUCUUGUGAAUGAUUUGAACGCAUUUAAGGAAUGUAUCAAUAUGAAAUAGUCUUUAGUUACAGGUGGCAUUAAAAAAAAAAAAAAUCUACCUAAGGGAAGCUUUGAGUGAAGAUUUUGAUCGGAGGGAUUUGAUUUGAAACUAGCCUGGCCUGGCCCCGCCCCUUGCAGUGUUGAACAGUAGCAGUUCCUCGAGUUUUCUUUUAAAAUAUAGGUUAUCAAGAACACGUUUGGUCUGGUUCUAUCCAGUAUUAAUUGUAAUUUUUAUUUUUAAACAUCAUUAAGUUAAUUUCGGCUCCCAAAUCUUAACGGAAUAUAUUUUUUUGUUUCUAAAUUUCUAACCUCGUCAUCAUUCCCGUCUAGACAAUGAAGUAUCCCAAAAUUUAACUGUGUAUCUAAGGUUCUAUCAAGAUCCAUUAUCCCAUGGAUAAAACUUAUGCGGCGAGAUAAACUGACAUAUUUUCUCAUGUUUCUAGUUUAUAAAUAUUAUAACAGGAAGAUAAACAUUCCGAAUCUUCAGGAGAGAUUUUUUUUUUUUUAAAUUUAAAGCAUUCAACUAAUUUAAAAUCACCAUUUACCUAGUGGCGUAUACCGGUAUGACGUUGUAUAGUGUGUCUAUUGUUCAGCGUCCUGCACCGUCUUGAACUCCAGCACCGCUUUGUCAUGAUCUGAUGAUAGUAACACCACCGUGUCAUGAUCUGAUGACAGUAACACCGCCGUGUCAUUAUCUGAUGACAGUAACACCGCCGUGUCAUGAUCUGAUGACAGUAACACCGCCGUGUCAUGAUCUGAUGACAGUAACACCACCGUGUCAUGAUCUGAUGACAGUAACACCGCCGUGUCAUUAUCUGAUGACAGUAACACCACCGUGUCAUGAUCUGAUGACAGUAACACCACCGUGUCAUGAUCUGAUGACAGUAACACUGCCUUGUCAUUAUCUGAUGAGAGUAACACCGCCGUGUCUUUAUCUGAUGACAGUAACACCACCGUGUCAUGAUCUGAUGACAGUAACACCACCGUGUCAUGAUCUGAUGACAGUAACACUGCCUUGUCAUGAUCUGAUGACAGUAACACCACCGUGUCUUUAUCUGAUGACAGUAACACCACCGUGUCAUUAUCUGAUGACAGUAAAACCAUCUAUAGGCCUAUACAGGUCAGGAGGAAUGGGCAGGUCAAAUUUGGUCGUGACCCAUUGUUUGGUUUUCUUGUGAUUGAUCGACCCAUUUACAAACCAAUAUGUCCACACUAAGGUUUAUAUAGUGGUGGUAGUAGAUAUGACAGCUUAGCUGCUUUGACCUUUGACACGUCCACUUACUUUACAGCGUGUUGCGUGUGGCGUGGCACGUGCAGACAAGUUUGUGGUGGAAAUGAAGACCGACUUACGUUGCUGACAGAGUGUGGCGCGCGCUCUGAGGUCUGCUGUUUGCCAAGAGGCGGGACAGCUUCUAGAACGACCGUCAGCGCACCGGAGCAAAGAAUUUCCGGGGGGCAGGGGCGUAAGUACACAAAGGUCUCACUUUCCCCAGAAUAUGGGGGGGGGGGGGGGNCAUUAUUUUAUUAUUUAUUUAAAAAAUGAUUGAUUUAUUAUUUUAUUGAUUUAUUUUUUGUUGGGGAAUCAAACAAAUCUAAUUACAUCUUAUUUUAGUAGGGAUAGAUGUGAUGUCCUAUGAUGAAUUCAGGAAUGAGAAGAUAUCCCAGGUGUUCAUCAAGGUGAUUGGCUGAAUCGGGGAUUUUAAAGAAUACAGCUCCAUGGCCCCUGGCCUGCCAGACCUUAGAUGACCUUUUGAAAUAGGGCCGCAAAAAAAGCACAAGCUUCGCUCCGGGUCAAAACCUGAAUUUCAACGAAUUCUCCCCCCCCCCCCCGCCCCAACCCCCCAAAGUACCGGGAAAAAAUUAUAGAAAAAAUUGGUGAAACAAAAAAAUUCUGCCUGAAAUAUAUUUUGAGCGCAAUUAACGCUGCCCUGCCCUGCCCUGCCCUCAUCAUAGACCUUAUUCGACAAGUAAUUAAAUGGUGGCGUAUUUUAACAAAAAAUAAAAUUAUAUGACCUAAUUUGUAGAGUGUGCGGCCAGCAAUGCGGUCGUCCCAAGGAUUAUCGGGGGCGGUGUCGCCCAGCCCAC